AUGAAUGUAACUGUCACAGCCUGGGUGACUGAAUGCACACAGCAGAAUACAAGUGACUCAGUGGAUUUUCAAGGACCAUUUAACAUGGCUUUGCUGAUCUCAAACCUUCUGAAAUUUAUCAUUUCCCUAGUGGGGCUGGCAGGAAAUGCUGUGGUGCUCUGGCUCCUGGGUUUCUGCAUGCAGAGGAAUGCUUUCACCAUCUAUAUCCUCAACUUGUCAGGAGCUGAUUUUGUCUGUCUGUCCACCCACCUGGUAUCCUCCAUAAUGAGUUUUGUCAGAGCUUUCAAAAUAGACUUCUCCAAACAGUUACGAGUUUUUUUAAUAACUUUUGUCUUGCCCUAUAUUGUAGGCCUGAACAUUCUUACUACCAUUAGCACUGAGCGCUGCCUGUCUGUCCUAAAGCCCAUCUGGUAUCGCUGCCACCGCCCAAAACACAUGUCCUCUGUUGUAUGUGCCCUGAUCUGGGCACUGUCCCUUCUUCUGAUCAUCCUGAGAAUGGAGUUCAAUGGCUUAUUGUUUGGAGAAUCUGAUAGAUAUUUGUAUAAACUAAUAGAUUUCAGCAUUGCCACAUGGUUGAUUUUCUCCUUCGUGCUUCUGUUUGGGACCAGCCUGGAGCUUCUCACCAGAUUAUUGUGUGACUUCCAGAAGCUGAAGCUGACCAAGAUAUAUGUGACCAUUGGGCUCACAGUGUUGGUCUUCCUCCUCUGUGGACUGCCCUGGGGAAUAUAUAAUUUUCUCUUAUGCUGGAUGUCAAUUAUUUCUACUAUGCACCUCUUAAUUCCAUGUCUAGUGAAGAAUGUAUUAACCUGUGUCAAAAGCUGUGCCAAUCCCAUCGUUUACUUCUUUGUUGGCUCUUAUAGACACCAGCAAAGACAGCAAAGAAGGAGCCUCAAAGUAAUUGUGCAGAGAGCUUUGCAGGAUGUUCCUGAUGAGGAUGGAAGCCAAGGCAGCCCUCCUCAGGAGACCCUGGAGAUAUCAGGAAAUACUCAUGUGACCUAA